UUUAUUUUUGAACACCGUUGUAUUGUUGUUGUUUAUUUCAUUUUGACGAUUUAAAGCAUUUCUGUGUAAGUUAUGACAACAUUCGCGGCUCAGAUAACGGAAGCAAAAUGCUCUGAUCUACAUCGCGCUGUUAAAUCUGGAGACGACCGUCAUCUGUGUUUCACGCGGCUGUCGGGGACUUGGCUGGUGUGUGUCACCGAUGGUGUGUCGCUCUGGAGGACAGAACUAGACGAAGAAGAAGUAGAUGCGCUCAGAGAUCUCGCCGGGAUUAACACGCUUGAAGCAUUCUUUCAUAAAUUCAGGAAUGGAUUUCACAAUGGAGACCUGGGUGUUGCAAUUUUGGGGAACAAAGUCACUCUGACAGUUGGAAAGGGUUCUACAGUGAUAAACCUUGACAUGUUUGAAGCAAAGGCAGCAGAAAAACGGACUGAAAUGCAGAACAUUCUGUUUAAAUUAGCAGAAUCUGCCACGAGUUUAUCAUCGGAAUUGGAGAAAUCCCAUCAGUUAGUAGAAACACUGAAAACACAGCGUGGUGGUAAUCAAUCUUCGGUGUUAAUGGACUUGGGGCCCAAAAAGGGUCCAAAUCCAGGGAAAGCAAAGCCAAAGAAAGUUGGGAUGAGUGUUAUAAAUCCAACAAGCAAGAAACGAAAAGUUGCCCAUGGUGUUGUGUUUGAUUGACAAUUGUGCAUGUUUUUAAUGUUUGUCUCAUAAAAUAAUGAUUUGUUAUAUUAACAGACCAGUUUCACUUUAUUGCCAUAAUUAAUCCUGGCAACUUCUUUAUGGUUUUAGUAUAUAAGUGUUGAGACACUGGAACACUACAUGUAAUUCUGUACAUUCUGUUGUUAAUGACAAUAUUCCAUAACUAGCAUGCCCUAUAAGUGAAUAGCAUUGUAAUUUUUCUGCAUGCUGGUUAUUGAACAUUUAAGCUAUGCAUACCUGUUACUGUUCCAAUAAUAUGAGUGCUAAUAUGUAGACAAGAACAAAGGAAGCAGCCUUAAACAUGGUACAGAUUGCAAUAAUUGCACAAUGGUUACAUCUUAUUUUAAUGGAGUGUUGCAUUUUGUUAUUAAAUAAUUUGAAUUUAAGUUCCAUUUCUAUUUGUAAUCUUAUCCAUAUAGAUCAGAAGUGUUUCUGGAUUGCCAGUAUCUGACUGACAGAUUCAUACUUUAUGUCCAUUAAAUAUGUGCAGAAGAGUGCAAAAUUAUCCCUAAUCAACUCACUGUCAUUAAUUUGUGGUCUUCACUUACACCUUUUUACUUCUUCUGAAUAUUUUUAUCAUGUUUGAGAGCUUUUACUUGGUUUUCGUCACAAAUCGGAACAGUAACGAGAAAGCGGAACUUUAGCGGAACUUUAAGUGAUGUUUCUACCGUGCGGAUAAAUUAUAACUCGCACUAUUCAUUGAACAUUGUCCUUAAAACAUGGUAUGAAACCGUUAUGUCACCCCCUUCCCUUGUGAUUGAAAUUAUAUGCUGACAUGGAAGCGCUCAUGUAACUUCAGUAACUCGGCUUAUGAGUGCGGUAAGUAUUUCCCACUCAGUUAUUCAAUUUAAAAACAUUGCAGCUACAAUUAUGUUUAAUCUAUGAUGUACUAAUAUUUCAAUACUGUUAACACAUUUUAACAUUUAUAGCGCAGUUCUGUAGGUUGUAUUAUUUUGUUUCUGUUGCUCCAGAAUGUUUUAUGUUAGUGCGUUUUCGUCCUUCAUUGCAUUUGUAUGUUUAUACUCUAUGGACAUUGUAUAAUUGUAUAAAGUUUAACGCAAUAAACAUAUCACAUGAUGA